GUGACAUGACAAUCCCCAAGUGCUCUCAUCCACUCAUCACUCACUCACUCACUUAUUAGCACUAUAAAAGUAGUCAAUGCAUUUACAUUGGUCUUGAGCCAAAGUAAAGAAACCAAAUUUAUUUCAUAUUAUAGAUAUGAAUGUUUUUGUAUUUGUCCUCCAAUUCCUAUGUUUCAUUCUUUUAACUACCACUUCUUCUUUGUUCAUUAAAGCAUAUGAAAUAAAUGCUGAAAAAACCUAUGAAUCUGAUAGAAUAAUUGAUCUACCAGGACAACCUUCAGCCCCAUCUGUCUCACACUUUUCUGGUUACAUCACUGUCAAUGAAGAACAUGGGAGGGCCCUUUUCUAUUGGUUCUUUGAAGCUCAAUCUGAACCCUCCAAUAAGCCUUUGCUUCUUUGGCUCAAUGGAGGACCUGGAUGCUCCUCAAUUGGAUAUGGUGCUCUGGUUGAGAUAGGACCUCUUUUAGUCAACAAAAAUGGUGAAGGACUAUUAUUCAAUCCAAACUCUUGGAAUCAAGAAGCAAAUUUAUUAUUUGUGGAGUCCCCUGUUGGAGUUGGCUUUUCUUACACAAACACUUCUUCUGAUCUCACCAUUUUAGAGGAUCAUUUUGUGGCUGAGGAUGCCUACAAUUUCUUGGUGAAUUGGCUACAAAAAUUUCCACAGUUUCAAUCCAGGGACUUUUUCAUAGCUGGAGAAAGCUAUGCUGGCCACUAUAUCCCUCAGCUUGCAGAAGUAAUCUUUGACAGAAACAAAGAUAAAACCAAAUACUCCUUUAUUAAUCUUAAAGGUUUUAUUGUAGGAAAUCCAGAAAGUGAUGAUUACUAUGAUUAUAAAGGCAUAGUAGAAUAUGCUUGGAGUCAUGCAGUUAUAUCAGACCAACAUUAUGAAAAAGCAAAACAAGUUUGUGAUUUUAAAAAAUCUGAAUGGUCUAAUGAGUGCAAUCAAGUCAUGAUUGAACUCUUCCAUGAGUACUCAGAAAUUGACAUAUACAACAUUUAUGCUCCAUCAUGUCGUUCAAAUACUACAUCCUCAGUAACAAGUGUUAAUGCCCCUCAAUCAUUUAAAGAGGUGAAAAAUGAUUAUAGAUUGAAGAGGAUGAGAAUUUUUGGAGGCUAUGACCCUUGUUAUUCCAAUUAUGCAGAAGAAUUUGUCAAUAGGGUAGAUGUUCAAUCAUCUUUUCAUGCAAAAAAUACUAUAAGAGAUAACAGUAACAUAACAUGGAAGGUUUGCAAUGAUUCCAUAUUGAGGACUUACAACUUCUCUGUUUUUUCUGUGCUACCUAUCUACACCAAACUCAUCAAGGGUGGCCUUAAAAUAUGGAUUUACAGUGGAGAUGCAGAUGGUAGAUUACCUGUGAUAGGGACACGAUAUGGCAUUGAGGCUCUUGGGUUACCUCUAAAGUCAACUUGGAGGUCAUGGUACCAUAAUAAUCAGGUUGGAGGAAGAAUAGUGGAGUAUGAAGGAUUGACAUAUGUGACAGUGAGAGGAGCUGGUCACUUAGUGCCUCUCAACAAACCAACUGAAGCUCUUUCUCUUAUUCAUUCUUUCCUAACUGGAGAUCAUCUCCCUACUACACGUUAAUGUUGCAUUUUCAUCACUCAUUAGUUACCAAUUUAUUAAAUCAUAAGAAUAUAUCAUUAAUGUAACCCUGCUCUGUUGGUGUUAGUGUAUCAAUCAAUAUAUUCAAUAAAUAAAAAUCUUUGUCACAAUUAGCUGAUGUA